AUGGGUGCGGAUGUGAUGAGUGAAGUCCUUCAGAAUUGUCAGAUUUCUGAAGGCGAAGAUCCAAAGAAGUUGGCUCAGGAGUUCAAGAACGAGGCAAACAAACAUUUUAAAGGUAAGUUUUAUGUGUAAAACAGGUUUUUGUGGUUCAAAAGUGUAAAGUAAACCAUAAAAAGUAUCUAUACUUUGGGUUUAGAGCAACAUUAUGAUUCUGCGAUUGAAUUAUACAGCAAAGCUAUCGAAUUGGAUGAAGCCGAUCCGAUCUUCUACAGCAAUCGCAGCUUCGCCUACAUCAAGAAGGAAUUGUUUGGAUUAGCGUUGGCUGAUGCGGAUAAAGCUUUGGAAUUGAAACCAUCGUUUGUCAAAGCGUAUUUCCGACGUGCUUCAGCUAACUUAGCACUUGGAAAGUACAAAAAAGCUCUGACUGACUAUGAUAAGGUCCGAAAAGCCUGUCCGAACGAUAAAGAUGUCCAAAAGAAGUAUGAGGAAGUGAACAAGAUCGUGAAACGGAUAGCUUUUGAGAAGGCUAUUGCUGUGGAUGAGCCUAAGAGUAUUGCGGAGUCAAUUAGUCUUGAAGCUUAUCGUGAGUUUUUUUCUUUUUUGCUUGGUUUUUAGUGGCAAGUAUAAUAUAAUAUUUUGGAGGAGUUACGACUGUUAAUUGCAUUGUUUUGCUAAACACUGAAUUAAUGUAACUUAGAACAAGUUUUGUUUUUAAAAUUCUCUUUUUUAAUUUUAGCUUAUUUUUUGAUAAAAAACCUAAAACAAUAUAAUUUUUUACAAACUUGAAGACAAGCUUUAUUAUAUUACUUUUUACAGCAGUAGAAGACAGUUACACGGGUCCACGAUUGGAUGGUGAUAUUACAAAGGAAUUCAUGGAUGAACUGGUCGAUAAUUUUAAAAAACAAGGCAAACUACACAUGAAAUACGCGUAUAAAGUAAGGUUUUUCAAAUUUUUGUCGGUUUUUAGACAUUUUUCAACUUGAAUUUGAUUGAUAAAUAUAAUUUUAUGUUUUCUUUUACGAAUGUGAUGGAAAAGCUGUUUAUUUAAAGUCUAGAAUGUUGUUUUAUUACUUAACGUAUCAGUUUAACCACAUAUAUAUUUAGUAAUUAAUAUUUUUACAGAUUCUAUUGAAAAUACGAGAGUUAUUUGGUAAUUACCCGACUUUAAGAGAAGUGACAGUGCCAGCGAAACAAAAGUUUACGAUUUGUGGUGAUGUUCACGGCCAAUUUUAUGAUCUUUGUAACAUUUUUGAGCUUAAUGGCAGGCCUUCCGAGACGAAUCCUUAUGUAAGUUGUUGAAAGGACAGGUUUUAAAAGGUGUAUUGUAAUGGAAAGUCGCUGGGAAUGUUAGUAUUUUGAAUAUUACGUUAGGAAAAAGGUUUUGAUUAUAGCUUAAUCAGCUUAUUUUGACGAUAAUAUAGCUAAACCAGCUCAUUUAGAUGAUAAUAUAGCUUAUCUAGUCAAUAACAUUACCGUUUUUUAGCUGUUUAAUGGAGACUUUGUUGAUAGAGGCUCCUUUUCGGCCGAAACGAUAUUCACCUUGUUUGGAUACAAACUACUAUAUCCAGAACACUUCCAUUUAUCUCGAGGCAACCAUGAAAGUGACACAAUGAAUAAGAUGUACGGGUUUGAAGGCGAGAUCAAGGCCAAAUUUAAUCAACGUAUGGCCGAGUUCUUCUCGGAAAUCUUCAAUUACCUACCGUUGUGCCAUCUGAUCAACAAGAAAAUCUUUGUAAGUUGGUAUUUUAAUGGAAUGCCAAUCUUUUUUAUAUUUGAUAAGAAUUUCAAAUAGGUCUAUAUUAAAUGUCAUUUCAGGUAUGUCACGGUGGACUAUUCUCGAAGGACGGUGUGACGAUUGACCAGAUUCAGAAGGUGAACCGCGUUCGACAACCACCAGAUGAGGGUAUUAUGACAGACUUGUUGUGGGCGGAUCCACAGCCAUCGCCCGGUCGAUACCCGUCGAAGCGAGGCGUGGGUCUUCAAUUUGGCCCAGAUGUCACUGAGAAGUUCUUGAAACUAAAUGAUUUGGCCUAUGUUGUGAGGUAGGGCAUGGGUUUUAAAAAAAUUUUUGAUUUUGUUACCUAAAAUAUGAUUUUUACAAAAUUUUUGGAAAAUAAUGUUAAAAUUUAACUUCAGAUCACACGAAGUGAAACCAGAAGGAUAUGAAGAGCAUCACGAUGGAAAGUGCUACACUAUCUUCAGUGCUCCAAAUGUAAGUGUAGUAUGAAAAAAGAAAAAAUCUAAAUUAAUGUUUCUUGAGCUAAAAAGCCUAAACAAUAGAAAUAAACGACAUAAUUGUCGAAUUUUUUAAAUUUUAGGUAACAAAAGUGAAGAUUUUUUAUGUUUUAGGUAAUAAAAAUGCGUUUUUGAUAUUUUUUUAAUUUAAAAAAAAUUUUUUUAAAAUUAAUAAAAAAUUUAAUUUUGUAAAAUUUCAGUACUGUGACACGAUGGGCAACAAGGGAGCGUACAUCACGAUUACUGGUAACAACCUAAAGCCUCAGUUCACAUCGUUCGACGCCGCUCCCCACCCCAACGUCAAGUCCAUGGCCUAUGCCAAUCCGAUGUUCGACUUUGCGUGA